AUGGUUGCCAUGGAAACCAUCUGGCACAUUGUAGUGUGUGGUCAUAUCACGUAUGACAGCGUCUCCAACUUCUUGAAAGACUUUCUUCACAAGGACAGGGACGAUGUCAACGUCGAGAUCGUCAUCCUUGACACUGCUGUCCCAGACCUGGAACUUCAGGCUCUCUUCAAGAGACAUUUCACCCAACUCCAGUACUUCCAGGGAUCGGUUCUCAAUUCAGUGGAUCUAGAGAGAGUUAAGAUGAAAGAUGCGGAUGGAUGUCUGGUUCUGUGUGACAAGUACUGUCCUGACCCUGACGCUGAGGAUGCGGCUAACAUCAUGAGGGUCAUCUCUGUCAAGAACUAUCACCCCCAUAUCAGGGUCAUUGUACAGCUUAUGCAAUACCAUAACAAGGCCCACCUCCUCAACAUCCCAAGCUGGAACUGGCGCGAGGGAGACGAUGUGAUCUGCAUCGCGGAGCUAAAGCUUGGCUUCAUCGCUCAGAGCUGUCUCGCACCCGGUUUCUCUUCUAUCAUGGCUAACCUCUUUGCCAUGAGGUCCAACAGUGAGAUCUAUUAUCAAAGCCAUUACAAUCAGGCUUUCUUGCAUAGCCCAGAAUAUGAUGAUAUAGAUAAUCCCUAUUGGAGAGAUCCAGAUACCGAAGAUGAAUCCAGCCUAUUGGCAGCGCCUACUGGUGAAGCUCAGAGGAAACGGUUCAUACAGGGUUACGCGGCUUACGCCACGCCAUUUCUGAUGUCACAAACUAAAACCAGUCUGCAAGUUCCUAGAGGAUCGUGGCAAAGCAAUUACCUUGAGGGAUGCGGGAACGAGAUGUAUACGGAGUAUCUUUCAAAAUCCUUUACGGGUCUUAGCUUCCCAGAAGUUACUCAAAUUUGCUUUCAGAAGUUGAAGCUACUCAUCAUAGCCGUGGAGGCAAACAUAGAUACAGUUGAGAGUGUCAUUGCUAUCAACCCGGGUCCACACGUCCGUAUUCAAGAAGGAACUCUAGGAUUCUUUGUUGCCCCGUCAGCUCAGGAAGUCAAGAGGGCGUACUUCUACUGCAAGUCAUGCCACGAGGAUGUGGUCGAUGUGGAUAAGAUCAAGCAAUGUGGCUGCGAUAAUGCGGACUACCUCAACAGACGGCGCAUUUCCUCAGUCCGCAAAAACCGAAUUUUCGGCCAAAAGAAGAAGAAGCAACGACCGCCUACUUCUUCAACAGUUACGACUACCGUUCCCGCUGCUUCCAACGGGGAAAACAUACCUAUGCAAGAACACACCCCGACCAUGGAUGAAUCUACCUCAAACACAGAUUCAAAUAAUGCACCCUUGAUACCAUCACAGACAACCAAACAGAAGAAAUCAUCAUCGCCAGAGCCUGAAGGUAAUUCAGCUCUCGCUGUUCCAUCAAACAUCGGUACCGGAGGAAAAACAAACGGAAUGCAACUACAGGAAAGGUGCUCGACACAAGAAACCAAAACAGAGACAAGCUCUGAAACGCACGUUGGCAGGACCGGCGGUUGCCCUCGCCCUAGCGUGGGGUCGCUGGGGCAACUCGUUCUUAAGCUGAAAUAUGCAAAUGGCAACCUAGACAGGACCAAAAGGCUGAUACAGCAUUGGGUUGGCCCACACCAGAGGAGGCGGGAAUCAGCCAAUAAGGUUGAAGAGCAAGAGGAUGUGGUAGAGUUUGACUGCACGGGGAUGUUUCACUGGAGCCCCGAUAAAUCAGUGGAGGAAGCGAUGAUUAAUCGAACACAGGCCCACAAGGUGGCUCUGACGUCCCAUGUAGUCGCGUGCUUGUUUGGAGACAGAUGUUCGCCGAUCAUUGGGUUGCGUAACUUUGUGAUGCCCCUCCGGGCCAGCAACUUCCACUAUGAGGAGCUCAAGACGAUAGUCCUACUGGGUAAUUUGGACUACAUCAAGAGAGAGUGGGAGACGGUCAAAAACUUCCCCAAAGUAUUCGUCCUCAAUGGGUCACCGCUAAGCAGGGCCGACCUGAGAGCCGUCAACGUCAACCAGUGCGACAUGUGCGUAAUCCUCUCAGCCAGUCGGAACAGCCUGGAUGACCAGAGCCUCCAGGACAAGGAGACCAUCCUGGCCUCCCUCAACAUCAAGGCUAUGACCUUCGACGACUCCGUCGGACUCACCAAGGCCGGCCUGCAAGGUUGGAACAACCAGCUCCUCCUGUCCGCAUCGUCCGGCGGGAAGGGGAACGAGGAGGACAAGGAUAAGGAUGUCGAUGAAUGCGAUGAUGAUGAUGGUGAUGAUGAUGGGGAGGAUGUUUUCGAAGAUGGUGGGGAUGCAGAUCUGCAGGGUAUCAUGCCAAUGAGUCUAUCACCUUUACACACGAGAACUUCAGAAGUCACAAGAAGAGGCUCGGCUGUAGGAGCUAAUGUACCCAUGAUCACAGAGUUAGUGAAUGAUUCCAAUGUGCAAUUCUUGGACCAAGAUGAUGAUGACGAUCCAGACACAGAACUCUACCUGACCCAGCCGUUUGCCUGUGGUACGGCCUUCGCUGUCAGUGUGUUGGACUCACUCAUGAGUGCUACCUACUUCAAUGAUAACGCCCUCACCCUUAUCAGGACCUUAAUCACAGGAGGUGCUACACCAGAGCUUGAGCAGAUCUUAGCCGAAGGAGGUGGCAUGAAACCUGGCCAGAACAACCCAGAACUCCUAGCCAAUAGGGAUCGAUGCAAGGCAGCGCAGCUUCCGCUCUUUGAAGGACCAUUCUCACAAUAUGGGAAUGGAGGCAUGUAUGGAGACCUGUUUGUAGAUGCCAUCAAGAACUAUGGCAUCCUGUGCUUUGGUAUCUACCGAUUCCGAGACAGUACGGCGUCCACCAGCACACCAUCCUCCAAGCGCUACACCAUCACCAACCCGCCCUACGAAUUCCCGCUCCUCUCCACGGACUUGGUCUUCUGCCUGAUGCACUACAACCCGGUCCCGCCCAGCUCCAAGUCCAGCGCUUUCAAGAAGAAGAAGCCACGCAAACCCAAGGAUGAGAAGAUCAUCAAGGAACAACCUGAGAAGGAGAAGCCUCUGGAGAGAGUCCUGGACAGACCUAGAGAACCGGAGAGGUUAGUUGCGUCCAUCACCCAGGCUCCGACCAACCCUGCUCUAUCGUCAGUACCUCUCCCGUCGCCGGUCCCCGUCAUCCCCCCUAUCGAGCCGCAAAGGAACGGGUCGCAACAGCAGCCAGAUAAUCGCGAAUCCGAAGUAACAACGCCGCCCGCAAACGGUAACGGUCACGGCACGCCCAUUAUUGUGGCACCGUCCUCAUCGCCUUGCUAGGAACUAAAGAAUGUAUUCAUGAUACCUAGGCAGGGAGCCCUGCAGGGAGACGGAGUGUAACGUCCAUGGGGGCGUCUUUGACACUAAAGACCUUGUAAAGUUGCACCCAGGGGAUCAAAUAUGGUUUGGCAUCGCCAAUUAUAUGAGUCAUGCAAAGAAAAUGGAGGGUGCAUAUGAAUAGGGCCCAAUUGGACUUUGAAAGUUAUGUUAUUACAAAUGUGUAGUCACUGUAUUUUCAGAGAUUAAAGCAAGUGUAAGAUGUUCACUGGCCUCUUAAACCAGACAUUGCUAACAGUAUUGAUCAAGAUGUGAAUGAAUUACAGUUGUAUAGAUGGUAGGUCUACCCUCAUCAGGGGUCUGUAUCACGGAGCUUAGUGAUUGGUCGUACAGUUGAUUUUAACUCUUGAUUGUACAUCGUGAUCAUUGUGAUCAAGCAUAAAAUCAGCCCUACGAUCGAUUAAGAAGUUUUGUGUAACAGGGCCGAGAAAGAAAAAGGGUGUAAAAUUUGACUGGAUAGGAAAGACUGGAUCUGACUUUGAUUGGAGGAGUGCAGGCCUCUCGUCACAAUGUAUUGCAAUAUGUAUUAGUAUGCGAUCAAGCAUAAAUUCAGCUUGGAGCCCAUUUCAGCCAUCGUGUGCCAAUUCACUACCGGUACACUGCCUAACUGCUGGUCGAUCCAUUAAUUGGUUUGGGGGUGUAAAUAAGUACUGAAUUUAUAGCAAAACUAUUUACUGCUUACUACUUAUCCAAAACAGUAGGCCUACACUUUUAAAUCAAGUUGUCGUUGGGCGAUAAUUUGAAGUAUGAAACGCAGCUUUGGAAAUACGUCACACUGUGAUUCGAUGUGACGAUAAAUAAUAUUUAUCUUUACUACUGUGGAAUAUAGAAAGUACUUUCACUGUUGGUACUUGGUCUUAGUUUGAUAAGUAAUGAGCACUAGUACUUUUCAAAGCAAACCUGCUCAUGCAUUUGAAAAUUUGAGCUGAAGGCAGUGCAGCAAACUUGACAUCAAUUAUUAUGAUUGGGACUGACAUAAUAAACACCCAUGCUAUGCUAUCUCAAUUGUAUCCAAAAUUCAUUAAAGAUUAUAAACAGCAAGUACUAUUGUGUUACUUAGAGCUAGUUAAUGACAGCGAUAACUCGGCAAUCAAAUAUUUACAGAUGACUAUAUUGGUAUGCAAAUAAAUUAGAAAUCCAUCUUCUGUAUUCACUUUCAAAUGGAUUAUUGAAUAAAUAGACUAUAUGAAUAUUACAUAUUGAUAUUAUGAUAUAUGCAUGUACAUAGGUAUAUAUUUGAAAUGUUUUACACAAUAUUUUUAAUCAUAAUUAUACAAUAGAAAAAUGAAAUAUUCUAUGUCUGUUUUGAAAAACUAUAAAUUGUUGCCAGAUAUUUCCUUUUUAUUAAACAUGGACAAAGAAAAUCAUUAUAUUGAAAAUUAUUUCCUUAAUAUUCACAAGACCCUCUAGUUAUUUUUUUUCCAAAUGAUUUUAUAGUCUGUAUCCUCUGAUUUGCUUUUUUUCUCCGGAAAUUCCUUCUCUCUUUCUAUUUUUUCCUAAGUGCUUAGUGACAUCUUUUGUGAUAAGCGCUAUACAAAUAAUGUUAAGUAUUAUUAUUCUUUAAAAUGUCAAAAGAUAUAAAACAUCCCAUUUUAUCACAUCUGAAGGAUAAAAACCUCUUGUAAGUCUUGGUAAAUCUCACAUAUAAAAGCAUUAACAAAGGAACGUGAUAAUUAAACUCAAAUGUAGAAUUCAAACUUUCACAUGGAAUGAAUUAAUGAGAAAUAUAUUUGCUAUGAAGAUUUAAUCAAUCUUUACUUGUAAAUCAUGCAAUUUAAAGAAAAGCAAGUAUUUAGCAGUACAUAAGCAUACACCAGUAGGUAAAAUAUUUGGACAUGUACAUUCUCGGAGUAGCUAUGUGCGGAUGGGCUGGGACCUGAACAGAACGCUAUUUCCGUGACGGAUAUCAGUUUAACUUCUAUGUUCCCGUAAGCAGAAAAAUCAGAAAAUGAUAAAAGAAGUUGGUUUUUUUUAAACAAAUAUUUGAUGAUGCCACUACUUUGCAUUAGACAUUAUAUUAUGAGAUUGAAUGAUAAGUAAAUCACUAUUUGUAAGAAUGAUCUGAUUAAUACAACAUCUUUUCCAAAUACUGUUAUCCUAAAUAUUGUCCUUUAAUUCAUCCGAAAAUCAAGCAUCGUACUGGGACAUAAUCAAUUUCCCCCCCAAAAAACAACUUAAGUACUAUUCCAUUGAAUUGUGUUGAGAAUUCAGUUUAUAAUUAGUAAAGUACAGUAUAUAACUCGGUAUAUACAUCGACUUUAGUUAUGGCUGAUUUAAAUAACAGAUACAGGAGUAGGGGUUGGUAAAAUUUUAUGCUUAGGACACUCGCCCAAUGUUCACACUUGCCAUUUAACUAACUGGUAGGGAUCCGGUGUGUUUGCCUCAAUGGUGACUGGAUGGAGUACUCCCCAGGGAGUGGAGCAUGUGCAAAUGUUGUGAGUGGCAAUGACUGAUUAAAUUUGACAACCUGUACUUUACCGCACAGAUACAUGGUUAGCCCUAACAGUGCACUAACAGAGGCCCUGUUACAAUUGGUAAUGUGGCAGCGAUGCCUAAUGUUACAAGGCAUUGCUAGACAUUGAAACAAAUGUGUCGACUGUGAGAGAUGUGACUGAGCUUACUGUUAGUGCUCUGUUAGGCUAACAACGUUUCUGUGCGGUCGGCACUAGAUGAUAAUAAAUCUAUAAGCACUUAGAUAUAUACACUGUAUAUGCCUGAAGUGUAUUACAGAUAAGCAGCUUAUUAACAUGAUUAAUUCUUUGGAUUUUCUCUUUUCACUCUUAUCAAUUUGUUUUACAGGUGAUCUUCUUGUUAUUAUUAUUAUUAAUAUUUUGGGGGAGGGAGGGGUGGAAUUCGCAUUCACAGGUUAAAUGACUGUACACAUAUUGAAUCAGCACAUUUAUUCCUGUAAUGGCUUGUAUGAGGUCUUCCUGAUAUUGCACAUAUCAUCACAUAGCAAAAGAGAAAGUAAGGCAGGUUGUUCAUUGUAGUUUAGUUUUACCAUGUGCAAGAUUGAUCCUUGUGUGUAUUACUUGUUUUUAUUGACUAUUUGUUAAGCCUCGUUCACAUAUGUUGUGGCAAAGCAAAGCAACCUUUUUUUAGUGUUAAGAUCUGAUGAGUGAAGUCGCAUCGGUUGUCCUAGUGAAGGCUCAUAAUAUGCUCCAAGUAUACCCCAAGUCUCAAAAGGGGUCCAAAGAUGUACGAAAAAAACCUCCUUUUGUCAUACUGAUCCAUGAUGGUGUCAUGACCAGUCUUAAGUUUAAAGAUUCUGUCUAUCACCCAACUCUGGACAGGUUAUUUUGCGCCUAAUGAUUGUUUUCUUCUAAACUUCUUGAAAAGAUUCAAGCUGACUGCAUUUUUUGUUGCAUUUUACAAAAUAUAAAUCAAUUGCGACUGCAAAAAUUUGUGUAUAUGCCUUGGUCAUUGCCCAUUGACCCUGUGCACCAAAUGUUGCUUGAAUUCAUUGCUGAGCUUUCUCUCACCACUCGUGAACGAGGCUUUACACCAUUUUUGAGUAAACCAAAGAUUUAAUAUUUAUUUGUAUGUAGUAGACAUUGAAUUUCAUCCAACGUUUCACUUUGUUUUCUGUGUGUAGCAAAUUAUUCAUGAUCUGUCAUAGUUUUUUUUUUAGAUAACUUGUGAUUUGGGUGCGAGGGUGCAUGUGUGUGUUUUUCCUCAUUGCUUUUUGCUUUUCACCAUUUCCAGGAGUGUAUUAUUCAAACUAUUUUUUCGUUGAAUACUUCAUUUUCCAAUUUCCAUUGCUUUGUACAACGAUCAUGCAGUUCAGUUGACAAAGCAUUAAAAUGGUUCCCAUUUUGCUUCGAUUUCUUCACACACAAAAAAAAUAUUAUUAAUAAAUAAUAUCACAUUAGCUUUUUAAGAAAAUCAAUAAAGCAUCAAAUGACUUCUUUCACAAAAAAUACAUUCUUGAAUAAGAAGAGGAUCGGGGGAUUACAACUAUACGUUUUAUAUCAGAGUUCAGAAUAAAAAUUGCACCGAAUAAUUAUUGUUUUUUACUUUCUAAUCGUUAAUGCCUUGUAUUUGACUGCUUUUGCUUUCCUUGGAAAGGACUGCCAAUUUCAUAUUUUAGAUUGGCAAUAGAAAAAUGAAGUAUCUCUAGAUGAAGCCUCAUGAUAAAGAAAAUGGAAUAUUAAAUACAUUUGUAUUCAGGAGGAAAUAAUGCAUGAAAAGUGUGUUUGCAUUUUGAUUUGUGUUUAAGAAAAAAACAAAUUCAUGUGCAGUGAAAAAACAAUACAUAUUAUCUGUCAUCUAGUCUCUGUGCAAGGAAAAAAUGUCUUUCUCGCAGUCACCUUUGGCAAUUUGAUUGAAGUAUUUAAAUCAUUUCAUCUAGCUCAUUUAUAGCCAUCAUAAUUUCUUGACCUGUCGUAGCAAGUUGUUCGUAACCAAUGUAUUUGUGGCCAGUGCAAGCAUUUGAACAUUUCUGAACUAUGUUAAUGUAUAAAUUUGUUGAAUUAUGGUAAUUUAAUUUCCUAUCAUUCAUUGUAUAAAUUUGUAAAAAGCUAUGAAAAAUUGAUUUAUUUUCUUUGCUGCGUUAAUCAAAUCUCUGUUGGAGAAAUCUGAUUUUUGUGAAUUUAUUGACGUUAGAGGGAAGAGAUUUUGUGGCAAAAGAAGAACGUGACUGUUGAUAUGUAAAUAUGAGAUCGGUUAGAGUUACUAUACAUUUUAUGAUACAUUAUUAACAAGUACUAAUAUAUGCACUACGAUAUGUAUUUCAUCAUAUAAUUCCUAAAUAUACCACAAAUAAUCCUAGCUAGUUAAUUGGGAGUAUGAAUACCCUGAAAUAUAUGUAUGGAAUUAGCAUUUAAUCCAAAGAAAAUUUAUCUUCGGACUGUGUGUUAUAUUAAAACAUGAGUAUGAUGAUAAGGUCUUGUGCAACUCAACUAAGGAAUGAAUAUACCUCUAUUUAUCAAACAAUACAUGCACUUGGUAAGUACAAUACAUGCCAGUGUAUGCAUAUAUCAUUUGUUUGUAUUUUAGGAAUGUAUACUUACAUGUAAUUCAUUACACCGUAAAUAUUCUUGAAAUUAUACUAUGGAACCAUACUAUUAACACAUAUUGAUAUUUUUUAAUUAUAUAUUUUGACUUGGAUUCUCUGAAUACACCUAUUUCUCCUCCAUCGGCGUAGAAUACUCAACCCCCCAAAUUAAAACUAUUAUUUUGUGCUACUUUUAACCAGGGUACAGAGGCAUCCAAUAAAAUCCAGUUAAUCAAGUAAUGCUGUAUGCCCUCAGAAACAAUGUAUUUUGAAACUUCUUUAAGAGAUAUUACAUUUUGAAAUUGGACAUUAUGGGUGUUAUUAAUGGCUUAUGCACCGGGGACUAACUAAUCUUAUCCCUUUAUGUGGAUAAGUAUCAAACAUUGUUUUUUUUUAAAACUAUUAUAGUUAUGUUGCUUUCUUGUUGUGUGCUGUGUGAAGUAGCAAGUAUUAAUCCAAGAUUAUGAAUCUUUUUUAUGUUCCAGUACAAAGUAAAUGGCACUUGUGUCCAGUCACACAUACUUAUUGUUUCAUUUUUAUGUAAACAAAAGAAAACACUAGAUAGCAUGUAAAUGAGAGUGAGAGAACACUAAAAAUAUAUUAAUUUGAUUAAACUGUUUUUGUGUCUUUUUUGGAAAGGAUGGUUUUUUUUAAUUCUUUUCUGAAUAUAGUAUUUUCUGCAAUGUAUUUUAUUUAUGAUCUAAGACAAUGUUUUGGGCGAUAUGAGUAUGUUCUAUUUUGUUUUUGUCGAUAUUGCAAUUGUUGAUGUAUAUUCCGCUUUUCAUGUACGAAACAACUAUAAUUUUCCUAAUUUUAACUAAAUUUGCACUCAAUUCAGACCCACCUUAUGAUUUUCUUUCUUUACAAGGAAACAUGUGUCAUCUUUUUAAUUUGAAGUUAUUUGAAGCGUAUUGGCAGUUUUUCUCAAUUUCUCUUAUGAUGAAUAUUUUCUUGUAGAUUUCACAGUUUUUAAUUUUGGCAAAUUUCAUGUACAUAUAAUUUUUUUGGGGGUAGCAUGCUCAGAAAUCAAUUGCAUCUCUUGCAAAUAAAAGCUUGGGUUUAUUUUAAUGAAUUUAAAUAUUUUUUAAUGUUUUUAAGUUCACCCAAGGCCCUGAACUCAAAGCUUAGCAAUCAUUGUAGAACAAUUUGUUUUAAUUGAUUGCAUUGACUACAAUGUUCAACCGAUGUGAAAAUCAAGCAUACGAUUGUGUCAUGGACCUAGACCUUAGUGAUUGAACACGGUUGCUUUUUCACAAUUGAUUACACUGAUUUGAAAUCAAUAGCCAAGUUUUAUGUGACACGGCUUAAGUCAUCUUCACAUUAAGAUGGGUCAAUCUCUAUACUGAGCACACAUAGUAGGGUUAAUGACAGCUAUGACCAAAUAUAACGGAAGAGCCCUUUGUAAAUUCAAAUACCGAUCAUGAGAAGUCCGUGGACGGUUUUUCUUGUGUAUUUGCCAAAAAUAUAUAACUUUUUAGAUACAUUUUAAUCUGAAAUUAAUUAAAUGUGUAAAUAAACUAACAAGUGUUUUAAUCAUUCUAUUUCAUGCUAGUACAUGCUAUGUUCAGCAAUAAAAGCACAUAUUGACAACU